CAAACUGUUUGUGCCAAAUAACGUUCGAAAAGGAGACGUGAAAAAAAGAAAUAACACUCGAGCGUGAUCGGUGGCGCGCACGGUGCUGCGGGCCCUCGGUGAUGUCGUUCAAAUUCCAAGUUACGUGUUACAUGCAGUUAGUUCGUUGAAAAUAUGUAGCAUAUCAAACGUCUAGAUCGCACGUGCGGCUGUAUGUGCAGAUCGUUUGUUGUUCCAAUGUAUACUUGAUAGACAGAUUCGAUAGAUUUCUUAAUUACUCGCUCGUUAUCUGCAGAUAAUUAUAGUUUUCAAAUCUACUUAUCGAAAUCAGUCAAUACCAGAUAUCGGUCCGUUGAUAAGAUCGGUACUCCAGCACACGUUUUACUCGGGUGAUAAACUUAAUUCUUAUGCAGACGUAAUUUAAUUAUUACCGAAGCGUCGCGUCAACUGUUAACCCUCGGAGUGCCUACUUACAAUCGGGAUGCAUCUGAUCGUUCGGUUAAUCCUUCUCUGUUUCGCGGGGCAAGGGGGACUCGGCGCUCGAAUUUUGGGACUCUUUCCAGUCCCCACGAAAUCUCAUCUCUCCAUAACUUCGCCCUUGAUGCACGCCCUCGCUAAGAAGGGACACGACGUCACGAUGUUCGUACCGUUCCCGACCGGUUUCAACGCUACGAAUUACAGAGAAAUCAUCUACGAGAGUCCUCCAUUGGGCAGUGAUCUCACGAUAACGGAUUACUUCAACGUGAAUUUCGUUCGGCAUCAAUUUUUUUACUACGAUGCCGGAAUUUCGGUGACGGAAAUGGUGUUGACCAGCCAGGAAGCGCAAAGUCUGAUCGGAUCAAAGGAAAAGUACGAUGUUGUAGUUAUGGAGCAGUUCGCCAGCGAGGCUUUAUUGGUCUAUGUUAACAAACUCGAAUGCCCCGUAGUCCUGGUCAGCACAUUUCGCACCACGUCAACGAUCAACGGAAUAUUCGGAAACUCUGCACCUUGGAGCUACGUGCCCGCUGAAUUUAUCAGCCUCGACGACCGAAUGACGUUAUUUGAACGCCUCCAGAACGCCCUUGCGCUUAUUUUCAUCGAGGUCACUCGAAAGUAUUACUACAUGCCCCGGCAGCAGGCACUGGCGGCUAAGUACCUGGGCGACGCUAAUUUUGAGAUCCCUGAUCUGGAGGAACUCGAAAGACGAGCCGAUCUCAUUCUCAUUAAUACCCAUCCCGCGUUUUCAUCUCCUCGUCCUUACAUGGCGACUAUGAAGGACGUGGCUGGAAUGCACAUCAAACCGGCGAAGCCGUUAUCUUCGGAGUUGCAUCGGUACAUGGAGUCAUCCGAAAAGGGUGUAAUUUUCUUUUGCCUUGGGUCGAUUUUCAAGAGUAUCGAAAUGCCGGAGCAUUUGAUCGGGGCGUUGAAAAAGGCUUUCGAACGCGUGCCUUAUGACGUUCUGUGGAAAUGGGAAAAUAACACGAUGACGGAUAAGCCGAAGAACGUGCGAAUAGAAAAAUGGCUACCGCAAAAUGACAUACUGGCGCACCCCAAAUUGAAGGUAUUCGUUACCCACGGUGGAAUAUCUAGUCUAUUGGAAACAGUUUAUCACAAAGUUCCGAUCGUCGGCAUACCCAUCUUCGGAGAUCAACGACAGAACAUAAAAUUGGCGCGGACGAAAGGUUUCGUCGAAGUAUUGAACUUUUCAACAAUGACGGAAGACGAUAUUUACGAAGCGAUCGUGAAGGUAGCAAACGAUCCAAAGUACAAGCGAAACGUGGAGAAGGUAUCGGCGUAUUGGCGAGGCGAGAUGAAUCAUCCUUUGGACGUUGCCGUCCAUUCGGUAGAAUACGUUAUAAGGAACAACGGCACGAAGCACCUCAAGCCAGCUGUGAUGGAGCAAACUUUUGUACAGUACUUUUUGCUGGAUUUAGCCUUCGUAGUCUCGACGGUAUCGGUAUUAGCGUUUCUAGCGUUACGUCAAAUGUUAAAACUGUUAAUUAGAAGAAAAUCCUGUUGCGAAGAUAAAUUAAAAAAAAUCAACUAGUCAACGGUAACAGUCUCAAACUUAACGAAUCUGUCAAACGAUACUGGCUACUUUUGUCUAGCGGCUGAUAAUAUCUUAUCGAUUUCGAUACGCGGUCAAUAAAAAUAAUGUAGUUUUACCAGGUGUUUAUCUCUGAAACGUCGUGAUGGAUAAUGAUAUGUAUCUCGUCAUGGAACGUUUACCUGGAUCAUAAAAUUGGCGAAUCACUGCGAGAAAGAAACCAAAGAGAAAAAUAAUAAAUGAAACGAGUAACGAA